AUGUCUGGCGUCCUGGAAGCUUGGGAAAAAUCACAUUAUCUAUCCCUCACGCUCUGGGAUAUUGACCUUCAAUUCCAAAAGGCCAAUGAAGCUUAUGAAGAUUGGCUGAGUACACAACGUCGCCGCAGAUCCUCGAAAUGGGAUUGUUUUGGAAUCAGUGGAAAUAACGAUGAAGACGAAUUACAACGAGCGCUAUGUCUUGGCCGUCGCGUCAAGGAAUUCAUGGAGAAGGGAAUCGAGGCAUUCGGCACACGCUUCGAGAAAGGCGAUUCAAAAUGCAAUGCCAUCGUCUCUGCACAGCUAACGCGCGCGCAACAUGAAAUCCACGCUGCGCUUCUCAACCAUUCACUAUCCCGCACACCUGCCGGGAUGAUGCCUUUCGACGACAUACUGACAGCCGCGAAAGCCGUUCGCCGAACAUGUCUACAGGCAUUGCGCGACCAAUUCACGCGCCUGCAAUCGCCUCCUAAGACCGCAGCCAUGCUCCCUCUUCCACGAUUCAACAUGGAUUUCUGCCCUUUUGCAUCGCAGAUCCAAAGGGACCGCUUGUCCUCGUUCUCUACCAAGAAAGCCCAACCGUAUGACCGACACGAUGAACGCGAGGUUUGUCCCUGCUGCGCUGCUGUCAUUUCGGUUUCCAAACACAGCGGCCUUUCCCAGUACCGACAAAUCCUCUUCAAAUCUCACCUCGCACCGAACACCAAUUCUUCCGAGGCCGGCACUACAUUCGCUUGCACCAGCUGCUACAAGACCUUCGACGACUCCUUCGGCUUCCUAGAUCACGUCUACCAGAAGGAGAUUGGCAGCGACAAGAGCUGCCAGAUGCGACAAACCUUUAGCCGUGAUAGCUCGGCAUUCAGCAUCAAGUCCGGAUCGACCGAUAGUGACCCCGCCGUGGUCGAGCGAUGCCUACGCAGCUGUUUGCGACGAGAAUUGGCAAGGCAGCGAACGAUUCUGCAGAGAACCAAGGAGCUCGAGAACCCGGUCGUCAAGCGCGACAUCAAGCGAGACUCCAUCAUGUCGAAUACAGCAAUCGCAUGA